CCUUCCGGGACGAUAAUCGCUCGGGUGCAGCGCAGGCUGUUUCCGGGGCGUCGAUGAGCCCGGGGACGGAUUAUUUGCGGAACGAAAUUAUCGACGUGCACCGUACGCGCAAAAGAGAGAGAGAGAUGCUUCAUUUGGAGCUGGUUAUUAUAUGUGCAUGGGACUGGGGUAGGGAGAAGCGCUGAAUUUUCAACGGGUUUUGCGCGCCCUGUAUUUUUGGCCGAUCGAUCUAGGUGGGUUAUUGUUGGACAGGCGAAUGUGCGGGAUUGGCUGGAUGAAUCCGAUGCAGAGGAUCGUUCACUCAGAGACUUUUACUCUGGAUCAAUGUAGUAUGCGCUAUCGAGGGUUUAUAAAAGCUUUUCGAAAUUGGGAGGGAGUGCCGAGGUCGACCGCGACGUAUUUUUCGGAUUUUUCAAUUAAAACUAUGAGAAUUUUUCAGUAUGUACUCAUACUCUGACAUAAUACAUACAUGCGACGAUUACGAAACAUAUAAUAUGUUCUUCGCGUCUUUGGUUCGCAUGGUAUACAGAAUGUUUGUACAGACCAUAAAAACGAUAUGUUGUUAAUCAUUGAUAUAAUAUAUUUUCGAAUAACGAAGCUCGUCGCUGGUACACGGCUCAUACACGGACUUAUUGUUAUUACCGUUUGUUUCGACUCGCACAAUUGAAACGUAUCGAUGCCAUAUCAAAUUUAUAAAUUUAUGAAGCCCGCGUGGAAUUAGGAAAAAUUAUAUGGCUGGGGCUAUGUUAUGCUCGAAUAUUUCGUAUUAUCACACUAUAAGCUAAACCGCGAAUACAAAAUUGACUAAACUUCGGAUGUACAGAGGAAAAGUUUUGAUUAUCCUUUCACACUGGUGGACGAUGUGGCGUGACACGGGUAAGUGGCGAUCGAAAAGUCUUUUUGAACCUCUUUUGUUGCCGCAGUGUCAUAAUGCGCUGAUUUCAAAAAUGCGAAAUUAUUGUAAAAAAAUCAAUUCCUCGAUUAAAUGCAGGUCAGGUUUUGCAGACUUGUACUAUAUGGACUGAAGGAAUAAGGCAACAACUAAGUAAGCUAUACGUUUUACACUGUAGCUGUCUGAGCGCCACCUCUGUUUCGCUAACUUAUGCAAAUCGUCAUUCUCUAACAGUUCGCUUAUCUCUUUGCGAAAUUACGCGCGCAAUCAUCUUAUAUUAUGAAUUGUAUAUGAGAUAACGACUCUCGCCCAUCUAUAGGCUACAAACAUGCCCAGAUGCAUAGAGAAAGAGCUGAUACCACAAGUGAGUUUCUGAUCGUAAGAAUGAGUUUUGAGAGGAAAUUAUAUACCGAUGGCGUUAUUAUACCCGCGCAGUUCAUACGGCUGAACACGAAUUUGGGGAAGGACAUCGAGAAGACGAUGGAGAACAUUUUCAUGUUUCUCUACGUGUCGGGAUCUCCGUUAGACUGUUCGCCACCCACUUUGCCGAAGACAAGUCUGCAUGGAUUGCGUUCUAGUGAUCUUCGUGUAUUCUUACCGAUGGAGAAUCUCCUCUCAAAAAUUGUUACAAGAUCUUAUAUGCGUACAAGAUGUUCUCAUCGAGUCUUCGUGAUGGAUGGCUAUAUAUUGUUGUGACCGAGCCUAAACGUUGCGCGAUUCGAACACCUAGAAUCGCGCAUAGCGACUUUAGCAACCUGCAACGAGAUCAACGACGUCGCGGAUGUUAUUGUUUAUGUUUAGUCUGGUUCUGUCAGCUGUUGAGAACAGUCGUGUUUACGUUCGAAUAAAGAGUCCGAGUUCAAGAGUGAUUUUCUAUAAAUAAAGUGUUGUUAUUUUUAUUACCCAAACCCGAUCAUAACAAUACUAUGCUUCGUGUGGGUCCCAUGUUGCAGGUUUUUACGAGAGGUGGAAAAAUGGCUGACGAAGAAGCUUACGGUUUAAUAAUCAUCAGGAUGAUUCGAUUGCACUAACGCAUUUUUGAAUUGAGUAUAGGUGAUGUUCUGCAGUAGAAAGAUAUACAUAUAGAUAGAAAAAUAAAAUACGUUGAAAGGAUAAGUGUAUGGAACAAGAUAGUAAUAAACCUAUAAUAAAAUAAUAAGCUAUGUAGGCAUGAUAGAAAUAUAUAAACUUAUUAAGCUAUAAUACAGCAAGAUAAGAUUAAUGGAUACACAAGUCAAAACAAAUAUAAAAUAAAGUAGAGAUAUGUUAAAAAUAAAACACACGCAAUUGAAAAUUCAGAAAUGAAACUAUAGAGAUUUAGGCAGAUAAUUAUAGACAAUGGAGGUAAAGUUAAUUUCCGUUUUACCGGAAAGCCACAGAAUGUAUAUGUAUAAUCACACACGAGUUAAGGAUGCACGUUGCCCGUAUUACUACUACUCAUUUUUGAUCACUUACUAAUCAACAAACGGAUACUUUAGUGAUUAGUCGCCCCUACUCCUAGGGCAAAAAAAAUGUUAAAAUCAUGCAUGCGGUACAAAUAAUCAGUACACAUGUUUUAUCAUCAUCUUCAAUUCGAAGAAGCGUCGCCGACGACUGGUACUGCGAUAGCUAUAUCUAUAGCAUAGAGGACAGAUGUCUAAUUUCACGUAUAUAAAUUAUUGUCGCGCGCUAUAUGUAUAAAUAAACGUCGUCGGCGACGUCUAUUAUGCGUUGAAUAAAAUACUUUUCUCUUCGCCGCCUCUAAUUUUCAGGGAAAUAAAUUUAAGCCACCUAUACAUAUAAAUAUAGGAGGAUGAGUUUUUAUAAAGAAAGUAUCCGAAUAGAACUCGCUAGGGAAGUCAUUCCGCGCCUUCUUCUUAAAUGUCGUUAGAGAAGCGUGCAUUACAGUAAAUAUAUUAAUUGAAGAAACAGAAAAUCGAGUUGAAAAAUACAAUUCGAAUGAAUAAAUUCGAAAAGACGAAUCGAGUGAACAUUACUCGUGUUUAUAUUUUCAUAUCCAAUCCUACAAGUUCCUUAAUUUUCAGAGAAUCAGCAUAUAUUAUGCCCUUUGUCAAGUGAAGCCUUCGUGAAAAUAAAUUACCCUUUCCUAUAAGAAUGCCUGACAUUUUCAUAUAUGCAAAUUGUCCCAAUUUCCAAGAGAAAAAAAAAGAAUAUAAUAAAAGCAUGGAACUCUUCGACAGCCGCUACUUCAUAAUCAAUAAUACGUGCAUGAAGCUAUUGGGUAUCUGGCCCUACUCAAGCCACGUCAAAAACUACCUCAGACGCUGCGGACUCGGGCUUUUCCUCCUUUCUUGCUACCUGCCUCAAUUUAUUCCUCUGUAUAUGUAUUUCGGCGAAGAUAUGGACCAAAUGAUCCAGAAUAUCGGUGUGAUACUCUACGUUUUUGGGACCUCUGUGAAGCUCAUCACCGGUGUCACGGCCAAAGAUAGGAUGAAGAUAGUCUACGAGAAAACAGCCAGAGAUUUUCAGACCAUCGUUGAUAAGGAGGAGCGUAAUAUUCUUUUCGAAUAUUCCGAAAGAGGAAGAACGUUGUCCAUCACUUUUAUAAUCUACAUGUGGAUCGCUUUGGCGAUUUAUGUGGGCCUACCGAUGGGUCCGUUAGUUCUGGACUAUUUCAUCCCUCUGCAGAAUGGCUCACGAGAGCGGGGCUUCGUUUGGAAAGGAGAAUAUCUGGUGGAUCCCGACAAAUACUAUCUCACGAUCUACGCAGUCGAGCUGUUCUCCAGCGUCCUGUCGGUGACUAUACUCUCCUCCGUCGGUCCCAUGUACCAAGCGAUCGUUGAGCAUUGUCUAGGGCUUUUCGUUAUCGUUAAGUUCAGGUUGCAGAUUUGUACGAGAGGCGGAAAGAAGGCCGAAGAGGAGUCUUACAGGCUGAUAGUCAAGAUUAUUCGAUUGCACAAUGACAUCAUUGAGUUUACAAGGAUAAUCGAGGCUUCGUACACCUCGUACUUCUUCAUAGAAAUGGACAUAACGAUCUCAUUGGUGACUCUCAUCUCGGUUAAUGCGAGUAUUUUCGACACUGCGCCUGACAGAUUGUUAGAAAUAAUGUUGCUUAUAUUUGUACAAAAUUUUCAUUAGCUAAUAAGCAGACUCGACUAUCUAUUCGACUCCAUUAGACAUAUCUUCAUUCUACUCGGAGUAAUGAUACACAUGUUCUACCUGACUUGGCCGAGUCAAAAGAUGAUCAACCACAGUACUGACCUGUUCCAUGAUACUUACUCGAAUGAAUGGUACAAUUGUUCCAUCCGGUGUCAAAAUCUACUCAAGUUCGUGGCGUUGAGAUGCGUAGAGCCGUCCCAGCUAACGGCAAGAGGAUUGUAUGUGAUGAAUUUUGAAAAUUAUGCAUCGCUGGUGAAGACGUCAGCCUCGUACAUCACUGUUCUGUUAUCUUUUCGUUAAUGGUGAUUCAUUUGUUGAUGUUCAAUAUUGUUAUGUAAUUAGAAGAACUUAAUCGCUUAGUAGAAUCAAUUUAGGUCGUUAAAGAUGUGUAUACUGUUAAUAAUAAAUACAAAUAACCAAAGUAGAUCAGAAAAA